CCCAUGUAGUUAGAAUCAAAAGAUCGAAGUACAAGGCAUUGGCAGUAAUCAAAACAGAUAAAUAUGAAGAUAAAGACAUACCUUGGUCAUUACCGAUAGAUGAUAGUAAAUUAGUAAGAGUAACGAAAGGUGAUGAGGAUUAUGAAGAAAGAAAUCGCCAAAGCCAGUUUACAGCAAAGUUAACAGAACUUCCUAGAAGUGCAUCAGAAGUGCUCUUGCUGCGAUGUCUUAAAA